AGGAAACGCAUGUCGGUCAUGAAACGAGCCGGCCUCUAUAAAAAAUCGAGUCAUCAAGUUACGGGUGAACAAUCACGUAUGGAAAUGACCAAGCGGAGGUUUGAUGACCUCUCUCACUAUUACCGAGCGUUACUCAAAAAAUAACGGAGAAACGCACACGCGAAUUACAAUGAUCAGCAACAGUCAACGCAACGUUACGUUAGAGACGCAAGAACAAGCAUUCAACGAGCAGCAAACAAGGUCAAAUGAAAUUUUUACGUUCAUUCGGAGUACUCUGUAGAGUAUACUUUAUGUCGUCACGUAAGCGUGAACUUUGGUACUUAAUCGAUAUCGCUGUCUCAACGCGAUCAAAGCUCAAAGGAGUCACGAAGGUGCGUAAAGUCGGCGAUUUAAAUGCCACAUUCGAAAGCUACGCGAAAGAGAAAAAGAGACACAAUGGCGAAGGAGCCACUGAACCGGUUAUUACACCGACACUCCACGCGUGUAGUAUCCCAGAUAUCGCGAGAUACAUAUUCGUCAAGAUAAAAUUGAGACUGUUCUCGUACUUACCUGCUCGUGUGAAAGAAGCGAAGGCCCUGCUUUCCCGUGGCACUAUUCUCGCAUCGGUCGCAACAGUGAGUCAGACCCGUGCGGUGAACAGGGCCCGGACCUCGGAACCGGUCGCUAGACGACUGAACCCGACUUCGACUCGGAGAACCGACCGAGCGAGCACUCUGGCCGAUCGGCGGUGUGGGAGUAGGUUAUUAGAACGAGGCGAUCAUCCACAUUCGCGACACGCUUUGACACGAGGCGAGGAUGAUCCUGAGCAAUUUGACUUUUUAACACUAUCAUUGAGAUUGAUGAAUUUGAGAAGCCGUUGACGUCGCAACUUCAGUAUGGA